UUGUACGGUGAAGUUUUAUGCAGACGAAAUAAAAAACAAAAUGGAAAACGUCACAGGUUUCACAUUUCGAAGAUACAUUCAGUUUGUAGUUUUGAAGAAAUGGAUCCAAACUGAAAAUCUGAUAUAAAAAAUUAUUCUGUUUGAUUGAGUGAAGCUUUCAACAUGGAACCUCGUUAUGGCACGCUGAAUGAUGGUGGCAGUUCACCAAGAGAAACCUCUUCAGCAUCAGAACUUCUAGAUCGAAAUGAAAACUCGAAAAUACAGAAGUAUCCAUACUCUGUGUUCUUCAUCCUAUCCAACGAAUUUUGUGAAAGGUUUUCUUACUAUGGCAUGAGAGCUAUUCUGGUGCUAUACCUGACAAGAUGGCUGUCAUUUGAGGAGAACACGGCCACCUCGAUCUAUCACGCCUUUUCCAUGCUGUGCUACUUCAUGCCGCUGAUUGGAGCAGUCAUAGCCGAUGGAUACGUGGGGAGAUACAAAACCAUUCUGAGCCUGUCCUGUGUGUAUUUUGUUGGUAGCCUGGUACUAUCACUGACCGCCAUGCCACCACCAGGAAGAGUGGGAGCCAGUAUAGGUUUAGUGCUGAUAGCUUGUGGGACAGGAGGAAUAAAGGCCUCUGUAGCACCGUUUGGAGCAGACCAGUUUGGGCCUGGCCAGGAGACGUGGCAGAACUCCUUUUUCUCUGCUUUUUACUUCAUGAUCAACCUUGGCAGUAUGGUGUCCAUUAUACUUACUCCAAUAUUGAGAGCUGAUGUGGAGUGUUUUGGCCAGAACUGUUACGUUCUGGCGUUUGGUAUUCCAGCUGCGCUGAUGUUUUUAUCCAUUGUGCUGUUCUUUAUUGGAAGACGCAUGUACGUGAAGGUCCCUCCCUCAGGAAAUGUUAUUGGAAAAACGUUCAAGUGCAUUUUUUAUGGAGCUGUUGGAAGACUACAACGGACCAAAUAUGAAGAGGAGAGAUCCCAUUGGCUAUACUACGCUGACGAUAAAUUUGAGAACCAUUUCAUAGAAGAUGUCCGCAGACUGUUGAAGGUGCUGCUUAUGUUCCUUCCACUGCCUAUGUUCUGGGCUCUCAGUGAUCAACAGGGCUCUAGAUGGACGUUACAAGCAGAACACAUGAAUGGGGAUAUGGGUAUAUUUGGCACCAUCAAGCCAGACCAGAUGCAGGCAUUGAAUCCUCUACUGAUCCUGGCCUUGAUUCCCCUUCUGGACAAGGUUGUCUACCCAUUGCUCAACAAAUGCCAUAUACCCAGCAGGCCCUUGCAGAAGAUGGUGGUUGGAUUGUUCAUCAGUUCAUUUGCCUUUGUAGCUGCAGGAUUUGUUCAGUUAAAAAUUGACAACGCUGAGGAAUCCCCAAUGCAGGCAGAUAUGUCUGGUCUGACCAUGUUCAACACUCUACCAUGUGAACUUCAAGUCUUCUCACCUUUCUUCAAUGACACAAUUGAUGGAAAAAAGACCAGCGACUUUAUGGAGACAGCUGGAGGUAAAUAUCAGAUAGGUAUAAAGAGUGACUGCGGGAAAUCUGGUAAGAAGACUGCCAAUGGAACCUUCACCGUCAUAGAGGGCUCAGCGUACAGACUUUUUGCUUUUGAAGACUUUGGCGGGACACUUAGACUUGCACUGUUUCCAGAUCAGAGGCAAAAAGCUAAAAAUGGAAAUGCAGCAUUAAGCAUAUUUCCUGUGACCAACGGAGCAAUAGAGAAACUGGCACUUCUUAGUGAUGUCACCACGGCAACAACAUCUGCUAAUGUAGGCUCCUUGGUCAACAUCAGCCAGUUUCAGCCCACUGAUUUCAUGGUAUUUGAACCAAACAUCUAUUCAAUAUUUGUCCCCGAGUUAGUGACUGACAAGUUGUUGAACAUGAACGUUUCAUUGGACCUGAAGUCUGGGGGUGUCUAUACAGCAUUUGUCUAUGGUGAUGAGACAAAGCUCACAAUAGCCUUGUACACUGGCAUCUCAGAGAAUAAAGUGUCAAUACUAUGGCUGGUUCCCCAGUACUUCCUGAUCACCAUGGGGGAGGUGCUGUUUUCAGUUGCUGGCCUAUCUUUUGCAUACUCCCAGGCCCCACAAUCGAUGAAAUCCGUAGUGCAAGCACUGUGGUUGUCCACGGUUGGUAUUGGAGAUAUGGUCGUCAUCAUUGUAGCCAACAUCCAUGCCAUUCCUUCACAGAUGGCAGAGUUCUUCCUGUUUGCCUGCCUGAUGUUCAUCGACACGCUAAUCUUCAUGCUGAUGAGCCUGUUCUACGAGUACAAGUCCAACUCUGUCUACACUGAGCUACCAGAUGAUACAACACUUACGGGGGAGGGUGACAAGGGGGACACCAAGGAGAUCUUGGAGGCUGACAGUUCAGAGAAUCUUCCUCUGCAGCCAGUGAAGAUAAUAUUAACUGCUGCAGAAUAGCAGUGGAUAUGGGCAGUGUGGAAUAGGAUUGGUUGAGUGGAGGUUCAUGGGACAAAUUGUGUCAGGGGAAGUUAACUUUAUGUUUCGUCAAAAUUUAAACCAUGAAAUUCUUCUUCUGUAUCCUUAAAGGUGUACAAUAAUUUCUGUGGAAUACAUGUAGCAGUGGAUUUCAAUGUGUACAAUUUUACAAUGAUAUGCUAUGAUUAUAGCUUAAAUUUAUCAAAGUUGCAUUCCAUGACAUAAUUUUACUUAGAAACUAUUCUUUGUGUGAUGUUAUUAAAUUAUUAAAUUGUUAAUUAAAUCACUUUUACAUGCUACAGUAAAUGUUUUGUUUUUUUUGGGGGGGGGGGGGGGCGUAUAGGAUAAAUGGAGGUUUACAAAAUGUUUCUUCUAAAUUUCAACCAUGAAAUUGCUUUGUGGAGCAAGUCUUGACAAUGUGCAAAAGAACCAAAGGAGGUUUACUUGUGAUAUCUUUCAAAUGCAGGAAUUUUAACUGUGGAGUGGAGUUUAUUUUAAAAAUCUGAAAUAGUACCAGUAUAGCUUUUUUAUACUUUGAAAUAAACGCUAUAGGGGAUUUAUUUGAUGCGUCUGUAGAAAGUUGCAAUCUCAAUACAGAAAAACACUGGUUGAUAAAAUGUGUGACAAACGUAAGCGUAUGUUUUUCACAAAAUAUAGCUUUUGUGGGGACCUUUUCGUCAUUCUAAUGCUCCAAUUCUCCUCCAUGGAAUCAUUCCAGUCUAAUUAUGAUAAAUAAAUCAUACACGCAACUUCAAAAUUAUUCACAUAGCUUCAUGACUUCUUUUCAGUUAUGUUACCGUAAUCUACAUAUCAUGCCUUCAUCUAAAUGCAAAAAUAGUUCUCUAUUGAUUGUGUAGAAAAUCAUUUGGGUAAUGUAUUCAUUUUGGAAGUAAUAUGAUGCAAACCAAACCCAAGUGCUGAACUUUUGUUGAUGAGAUAUAUACAACUAAAUGACAAUUUUAAGUUUAAAUUUAUAGAAAGUAACAUUCCAUGACAUAAAUAGGCAGUUAAAUGUCAUUAUUAGAUUGACACAAAAAAAACAGAUGCAUUUUCUUUAUUAUAUCCCCAUCACCAUUGGUAAUGGGGGCUAUAUAGGAGUCACUUUGUCAGUCUGUCUGUCGGUCUGUCCCGAAAUUUCAUCCGAUCUUCACCAAACUUGGUCACAAGUUGUAUCUAGAUGAUGUCUAGGUCAAGUUUGAAUAUGGGUCAUGCCAGGUCAAAAACUUGGUCACGGGGUCACAAUUAGUGUGUUUUAAAUCGAAAGUUUGUCCGCACCAUAACUAUGUCAUUUAUCGUUAGAUUUUAAAAUGACUUGGUACAUUUGUUCACCAUCAUGGGACGGUGUGUCGUAUGAAAAAGGUACGUUGAUAUCUCCAAUGUCAAGUUCACACUUGGGGUUCAAAGGUCAAAUGCUUGUCCGGGCCAUAACUUUGUAAUUAAUUGUGAGAUUUUAAAACCUUUUGGCAAAUUUGUUCACCAUCAGUGGACGGUGUGUCGCGCGAAAGAAUAACGUCGAUAUCUCCAAGGUCAAGGUCACACUUUGAGUUCAAUGAUUAUAAAUUAGCUUGUACGGGCCAUACUUAUGUCAUUCAUUGUUAGAUUUUAAAAUCAUUUGGCACAUUUGUUCGCCAUAAUUGGACAGAGUGUUGCGCGAAAGAAUUACGUCAAUAUCUCAAAGGUCAAGGUCACACUUUAUGUUCAAAGGUCAAAACUGGCCAUAAAUGAGCUUGUCCGGGCCAAAACAUUGUUGUUCAUUGUGAUAUUUAAAAAUCAUUUGGCACAUUUGUUCACCAUCAUUGGACGGUGUGUUGCGCGAAAGAAUUUUGUCAAUAUCUCCAAGGUCAAGGUCACUUUUUGAGUUCAAAGGUCAAAAAUGGCCAUAAAUGAGCUGGUCUUUCUAACUAUGUCUUUCAUUGUGAGAUUUUAAAAUCAUUUGGCACAUUCGUUCACCAUCAUUGGACGGUGUGGCGCGCGAAAGAAUUACGUGAUAUAUCCAAGGUCAAGGUCACACUUUGAGUUCAAAGGUAAAAAAUGGCCAUAAAUGAGCUUGUCCAGGCCAUAACUAUGACGUUUAUUGUGAGAUUUUUAAAUCAUUUGGCUCUUUUGUUCACCAUCAUUAGAUGGUGUGUCGCGCAAAAGAAUUAGGUAGAUAUCUCCAAGGUCAAGGUCACACUUUGAGUUCAAAGGUCAAAAAUGGCAAUAAAUGAUCUUGUCUGGACCAUAACUCUGUUAUUCAUUUUUUAAAUGACUCUGUACAUAAUCAUUAAUUUUGUUCACAGUCAUUGGACGGCCUGUCAUGGAAAAUAAUUCAAGAGUUCAAAGGUCAAAAUGGCUGUAAAUAAUAAUGGCAUAACAAUUCUUAAAAAUUUCCAUAACUUACAUUCUCUUGUUUUGUGAAGACAGCAUGCAAAAUAGUCUGUGUCAAUGCGGCACGUGGGGGUAUACGUCGCGUCUGUGACAAAGCUCUAGUUUUAACUCUGCAAAUAUACUAUAUAUUCAAACUUGCAUUUUGUUUACCCCUUUCCCACUCAGAACCAAAAUGAAAAUGGCUAUGUGCAAACAACAUUAAACCGGAACAGCCUGCGAGUAACUCGCAGUCUGUUCAGGUUUUAUGCUGUUUGCUGCUCAUCAGUAUGUAAGGGUUGGAAAACAAGCAUUUAAACCUGAAUUUAGUAAGAAAGGUAUUUAAUUAAAUUUAACUUACUAAGGGCCUACAAAUGCGACAAAAUACGUAUCUUAGUUGUAAAGGGAUAAUUUGUUAGGGACAUUUACCAGUUUAUUUGUGUUUAUUGAAAAUGACAUGCUAAUCCAAACAACUAUGGUAGUUGUUUCAAUUUGUCUUCAUUAUUCAAGGUGAAGAAGAUGUGAUUCGCUAUAUAGGCUCAUCUCUAAAAACCAAAAGUCACAGUUAACAAAUUCCAACAACUACAAUUGAAAUGUAUAAUUUAUAUUGUUUAUAACAAAUAUUUGAAAAAAACAGCUUGUUAUUAAAGAUAGUAUGAUUGUAUAGACAAUACUCAUUUAUUUCUUUAAGAUUAAUACUCUUUUAUUUCUUUAAGAUUAUAUGUGAAAUUAUACAGCGAUACUGAACUGAUAAAAUUACGUUCUAUAUUUGAUAGUCAGAAAGAUAUAUUUGUAAGGACAAUGUUGUAUCACAAAUAACUGUUAUGUUUGAAAUUCUAUUUGCAGAUGUUAUUACUCUUUAUAUAGCUGUUUGUUGUUUUAAUUUGCUCAUGAUCAGAUGUAAAUGAUUGAUUUCUUUUCAAAGAUCAUAUAAUUUGAUGCAUUUUUCUAAUUUUUAUUGUCUUGUUUGUUUAUUUUAUUGUUACAUAUUUCUGUUUGCUUAAUUUUAUUUAAUGCAAUUGCUUCUGUAAAAAAAUAAUAAUUUUAAUGUCUUGUAACUGAAGAUUAUUAUCAUUUCUAUAUAUUUUGUUGGUUAUUAUUAUAAUUCAUAUUUAUUAAAGUUAUUAAACGGAAGAUUGAAUUAAAUCAAACAUGUUUGUAUUCAUAUAGCAGUGUAUAUUUAUUUUAUAGUUAUUAAUUGUCUGUUGAAAUGCGUUUUUAUCUUGUUAUAAGGUUAGUUUUAGAAAUCCGUAGUGUAUUUCAUUUCCAAGGUUGUGGUAUGUAAUUUCAUAUACAUGUAUUUACAUUAUCUUACUCCUGUUGUGUUGUUUCCUUGAAACCAAAUGAAUUUAAAAAUGAGACGCACACUGGUAAAACGGGCAUUGGUGCAUUUCCGUAGUGUUGUCGCAGAUUAACCACAGUCUGCACACGCUAAUUAGGGACAACACCUUCAGCUUUAAUGGAGCAAUUUUUCAUUUAAAGGGAGUCUCUCCUAAACGAACACCAUGCAGUUCAGGCUGAAAGUGUUUUUUCCUGAUAAGCCUGUGCGGACUUUUCAGGCUAAUCUGGGACAACACUUUAUGCACUUGCUGUAAGCCCUAUUUUCCCAGAGUGCUGCUCAAAUAUACAUGUAAGUUGCAUAAUUCCCAGUGCCAAGUGUUAAAGUACAUUCUUACAACUGGGUUGCAUUCAUUAAAAGAGUAAAAUAACAUUCCUUGUGCUUUGAUUCAAACUCAGAAUGUUGGAUUGAUUUUGUUAAGUUUAUUCAAUUUUUCACCAUGCACAAGAAGUUCUUCCAUAGAUUAAAUCAUAUUGGAGCGUUGUUAUCACCCAUAUUUGAAUCUCUUAAUCAAAAAUGAUUAUUAUUAUCAGUGAUGCAUUUACCAAAUAUGUGUUCUUGUUUUUGCAGAUAUCUUCCUUUCUGUUACUAGUUAAAGUUUAUUGUUGAUGUUUAUUUUACUGCUGAUAUAUACAUACACUCUAUUAAAAUGUUAUAUUUACAUUAAAAAAUAAAUUUAAAGAUCUUUGAUACAA